AUGGGCUUUUUUAAAAAGAAGAAUUUGCCUACAUUUCCAGUUCCUCCUGCACCUUACCAUACACUACCUGUUAAUCAGGUAUCCAUACAUACAAAAACUGACAUUGAUGAUGGUCUUACGCCGCAAGAAGCUGCGCAAAGGCUUGAAUUAUAUGGUUUUAACGAAUUAUCAGGUCAAGGCAACGUUAGCGUUUUUGCUGUUUUAUACAGACAAAUUGUAAAUGCUCUAACGUUGGUCUUGGUUAUUGCAAUGGUCAUUUCAUUUGUAUUUAAGGAUUAUGUAGAAGGAGCUGUCAUCGCUUUUGUUGCUGUAACAAACACGCUAAUUGGAUUCACUCAAGAAUAUAGGGCCGAGAAAACUAUGGAAUCUUUGCGCAGAAUGGCUUCUCCAACUACAAGAGUAAUUAGGGGCGAUUCAUUGAUCUCCGUUCCAACUAGAGACAUUGUAAUUGGUGAUAUUAUUUUAUUUGAAGAGGGUGAUGUUAUCGGUGCCGAUGCUCGUCUUUUUGAAGUAUUUAAUUUGGAAGUGGAUGAAGCACUAUUAACUGGAGAAUCCAUUCCAGUUGCUAAAUCGUAA